GCAGACUCUCAGUACACACGCAGUGUCGUGGGGCUUGGCCGUAGGUGCGAGCUGAACCACCGAGAGCAGCGAUGACCGCCGAGCCGAUUCGCUCGGCUCUGGGCACCGACUCGAUGGAGGACACCUCUCUGGUGCUGCCCUCCGACAAACACCAGCGGACGGGGAAGCAGCGCGUCCUGGAGCAGGUGAACACCAUAAAGAGAAGCAAGUCGAAGAUGGUCAAGAACGACUCCGUUCCGACUCCAACGACUCCGGCGUCGGCGACCGAAUACAGCGAGCCUAAAUUCCAGUUCUCACCUACAAAACUGAACGACACGCUCUUCAAAUUCAGCGGCUCCAACGUGACGAGCAGCCGCAGCGCGACCGGUCGCAGCUUGUCUGUGCGCAACAUGGUGAGAAGACAGACCCAGAACAGCCAGUGGGAGUCGCAGAUGACCUGGAAAACACAGUCUCAGUCCAACGGGAUGAGACGCGGUGACAGCGACCCGACCUUGAACAAGGCAGGCGGCACGGUUACCAAGCAGCCCAAGAUGAGGUCUUACACUGUGCGAAGUAACCGAGCGUCUGGACAAUCCAUGAGACUCCUAGAGAAUAAUCUGCAUGCCAGCACCAUCCAGUCACGGGCCGCAAGCGCCAGACCUUCCCUCAACCAAUCACAGACCAUCACAAAAGUCACCUCCACCAAGAACAGAUCGGAAGCGCUGGGUGCGAGUGGUGCCGAGGGCUCUUUUUCUAACAUCACUAUGGAGAAGGCCGUGGAGUAUCUGUCGCAGGCGGACGUCAAUCUUCAGCUGACCGGAGCUUCAUUCAUACAGCACCACACCUUCACCGAAGACAGCGCCAAACAAGAGGUUUGGCGUUUGGGUGGGAUUCCUGCUCUUAUUCAGCUGCUGAAAAGCGACAAUCUACAGCUUCAGCAGGCCGCUGCCGCUACGCUGCGCAACUUAGUCUUCAAAGACAACAAUAACAAGCUUGAAGUGGAACGCUGUGAAGGAAUAGAAGCCGUCCUGACCUUGUUCAGAAACACCACCGUCAUAGAAACACAGAAACAGCUCACUGGUCUGUUGUGGAAUCUGUCCUCGGCUGAUGAGCUGAAGCCCGAGCUGAUCAAGACCGCCCUGCCGCUGCUCACAGAAAGUGUCGUGGUGCCUUACAACUUCUGGACUAACAAACACAUCGACUCCGAGGUCUUCUACAACACCACUGGCUGUUUAAGGAACCUCAGCUGUGCUAGUGAUCAGGAGAGGAUACUGAUGAGGAGCUGCCCGGGACUCAUCGACUCUCUCGUGACUUACGUUCAGAAUCAACUGGAUAGCGGCGAUCAGGAUGACAAGUCGGUGGAAAACUGCGUCUGCAUCCUUCAUAACUUGAGUUACCAGCUGGAGAAAGAGGCUCCGGAUCACUUCUCACAGUUCGCCGUUCCUGACGAGAAACCGAACGAGAACAAUAACAAAAAGAGCCUCUUCAGCCCCAAGAGCACCAAGACACAAAAGGACUUCAUCUUCCCAGCCAUGGACAAGGAGGAUCCUGAAGGAGUGGCGUGGUUGUACAACCAGAAGUCUCUGCAGAUGUACCUGUCUCUGCUGGCCUGCGGUCAGAAGGAGGCCACUCUGGAGGCGUGCUGCGGAGCCCUGCAGAACCUGACCGCUUCAAAGAGCCCCUUGUCCACUCUGAUGAGCCAAAGCAUCAUACAGAAGCGGGGAGGCCUGUCUGCCAUUUCACACCUGCUGAAAGCUAAAAACCCGAGCCUGCAGAAGACCGCCAUGUCCCUAGUGGGCAACAUGUCCCGGGUGACUUCUCUGAGGGGGGAUAUAGCCCAGAAAAUUCUUCCCGACGUCAGUACUGUUCUGUCGGCUGUGACGCCGAACAUGGCCGGCUCGGACAGCAGCCUUGCUACAGCGUGCCGCGUGAUGAACACACUCAUGCUGGCAGAUCCGGUCACCGGCAAGAAAGUGAUCAACGCCACGCUCGUCGACUCUCUAAUCAUGCUGAGCAAAAAUGUAUCAUUCGAUUCGGCCAGAAAAGCUGCCGGAGUUCUUCUCUACAGUAUGUGGGGACAAAAAGACAUCCAGAGCGUGCUGAAAAAGCAAGGGCUGAACAAGGACAUGUUUAUAAAUGACGUCACCGCUACGGCGUACAAGACGGCCACUAACCUGAACGGACACUGAGACGCGUGCAAGGUUUCUGAACUCAGCACGGGUCGCGUGGAUGCUUUUAUGAUAUUUUAAUGGGAUGUUUUUGAUUUUAGAGCUUGGCAUCCGCUAAUGUAAAAAAAUCAAGUGAUCGAUGACUCUGGUAAAAUCCGUCUUUCUCCAGGUUUAACGUCUGAUGUACCUGUUUGAUGCCUGAUGCUCUAUCAUGGGAAAGGUUUUCUACACAAACUUGCACUACUGGUCCUGCGGAGUCUUAUUUCCACUCUUCUUCUGCUGCUUUCCUUCCCCUGUCCUCCUGUGCGGUGUAUUCAAACAUAUCAGUCCUAUCGGGGAUCGUAAUGAGGCCUGAAUGUUUGUCGGUUUCUAAACACGCUUUAUUUCUUCAUGUCCACUUAAGUUGUUCUGAGCUCGCGUUAUUAAUGACAACCAGAAAACGCACUAAAAACCUUCAUAUAAGUUGUAUUAAUGUUGAAAAAAUGUUAAUACUAAUGUAAAAUGGUAUACACAAUUCUUAGGCAUCAAAGUGUACAUUUUAACAAGAUUGCGCAAAAAGUAAGAUUAUGAUAUUGUUGAUUUGAUUUGAAAAAAAAAAAAAAAAAAAGAUUUAUUAGUUUUAAUUGAACUUAGCAUUGGCAGUUCUGGAUCUCAUCGUCUUCAACCUAAGUGAACCUUAAACUUUGAAGUACUCGUGGCAAUAUCUGUCGUUUCUGUUUUACAUCGUUAGCCACACAUAAUUCUACUGUAAAUACAUUAUAUGAAAAGGACUAUGCAGUCGAGUGGCAUGCAGCUUUAGAUGUGGCUCAUGUUCGUUUUUGACAGCGUAAAGAUGUCUUUGGUUUUUUGGGUACGGUUGUGUUUGAGGCAGAGCUGGACGCAUUCACAUGGAUGAAAAACAAAAUUACAUUUUUGUUCGUCAACAGGCUGCUUAGAGCAGUAAAUGAAAAGUGAAUUAAUUUCCAGAUAUACAGUAAUAUAUUUUGAUUGACCUUUUUUCUUUCUUUUUAACCAAACUUGCCUUUUUGUGUGCUGUUUGCUGAAUGUCUGUGAUUAUUAUAUUUUGUGAAUAUUAUUCUUAUUGGACGUUUGUUCUGCUGGAGUGUGUUUGAAAUGCUUGUGGGAGAUCUUUUUUCUUUUUUUUUUCUUUUUUUUUCAUUUUAUUAAUGUUUUCAGAAAAGCUAAAUGGAUACAGACAAGCGGAACAUUUACAUACUAAAAGUGAUAAUAUUUUUGUAUUAAAAAAAAAUGUUGCUGUGUACAAUUACAUUUAGCAUCUGCAAGACCAAUAAUGUGCUUUUUUUUUAAUCUUGCGUAGGAAUGCAUUUUUAAAAUAAAUGUGCAAUUCAAGAAGAAA